GGCUUUCGCCUUGCUGGUUGCUGGGUAUGGUGUUGUUUCCGUAAACAUCCCUGCCAGUGUCUGUGGACGCUGUUGAGUGGCCUGGACCACUCGGAGCCUGCAGAGGCUGCUCUGGGGCUGUGGUCGCGGGGUCGGAGCGGCCUGGGCCUGGCUCCCUGCUCCCCACUGCCGAGGCUGGCGGGACACGAUCCUGCCCAGUUCAGGGCCGAAGGACCAGAGCGGACCCAGUGCAGGUUCUGGGGGUUCACGGGCAGGAUGGAGACGCUGAGAGACAAGACCGUGCAGGAGCUGGAGGAGAUGCAGGGUGACGAGGAGGCCAUCGGCCGGCUGGCCCUGGAGUCCCCGGAGGUGCAGGACCUGCAGCUGGAGCGGGAGAUGGCCCUGGCCACCAACCGGAGCCUGGCCGAGCGGAACCUGGAGUUCCAGGGUCCCCUGGAGAUCAGCCGCUCCAACCUCUCCGACAAGUACCAGGAGCUGCGCAGGCUGGUGGAGCGCUGCCAGGAGCAGAAGGCCCGGCUGGAGAAGUUUUCCUCUGCACUACAGCCGGGGACCCUGCUAGACCUCCUGCAGAUCGAAGGCAUGAAGAUUGAGGAGGAGUCCGAGGCCAUGGCUCAGAGGUUCCUGGAGGGUGAGGUGCCGCUGGAGCAGUUCCUGGAGGACUUCUCCGCCAUGCGGAUGCUGUCGCACCUGCGCCGCGUGCGGGUGGAGAAGCUGCAGGACGUAGUGAGGAGGCCCCGUGUGCCCCAGGAGCCGGCGGGGGACGCCCCCCCACCCCGGCCACCGCCGCCACCACCACGCCCUGCCACCCAGGCUGUGCCCCCCGUGGCCGAGGAGCCCCCACCGCAGCUGCAGCCGCAGCCACUGCCGUCGGCCACACCCCCCUACCCCUUGCCCUACAGCCCAAUGCCCAGCCUGCCCACCGGCCCCACUGCCCAGGGCGCCCUACCGCCAGCCCCCUUCCCAGUGAUGGCCCAGCCCUCGGCCUACGGGACGCCGCCAGGACCCCGGCCCGGGGUGGCUGCAGGCUAUGCCUGGUCCCCCUCCAGGGGCACGCCGCUCCAGCCAAGCUACCCCACACCCCCGACCAGCACCUCAGGCCCUGGGUACCCCUUAGCGGGGGGCCGGGCCCCCAGUCCUGGCUAUCCUCAGCAGUCCCCCUUUCUCCCCAUGGCAGGGAAGCCCCCCUACCCCACGCAGCCCCCGCUGCCCGGCUUCCCCACGCAGCCCCCGUACCCCACCAGGCCCGCGCCCCCCUACGGCUUCCCCCCGCCCUCGGGCCCAGCCUGGCCCGGGUACUAGGUGGGCUGCCCUCCUCUCGGCACCGUGGCCCUCGCCCUCCUUGCACAGAGACCGAGGGGCAGCAGCAGCCUUGGUGCUGUGACUGCACGGCAGCCCCUGACCAGCGGCCUGACUGCCCUCAGGGCCGGCCGCGGGCUUGGAGUCUGAGCCGGUGUGCACGCCGUGUGCUCCUCUGUUCCCGGGCACAUCUGGACGUGGACGGGACGGCCCUGCUGCCCCAUACCUGGGAUUUGGCCCCUGGACGGAGCCCCGGACCCCCCACCCGUGGGCCAGGGCUGGGGCCGGGAGGGGAGAGCAGCAGCUGCCACCCCACGAAGCCAUAAUGUAACCGCUAGGCUGCUGCCAGGCCGCGGCCAGAGUGCACUGCAGCGGCCUCACGCUGGCCACCUGGGCUCUGGCUGGACAGAGCAGUGGUUGGAGCCCAGCAGGCCCCAGCAGGGCGUUGGGGGGCUGUGGAGCCGGUCUGAGCCCCCAUCUUUUCGUGCCUUGUAUCUCACAUGCGAGCAGCCCCUCCACCCUGCCUGCCCAUGUAACCCCCCAACCCCAGGGACAGCGUCCAAAGGCGCCUGGGACCCCACCCCACAGUGCUCUUGGGAACGUUGCCGCGGCCAGGUGUGCCCCGCCCCAGUGGCCCGGGGUGCGGCGGAGCAGCUGCGCGUGCGCUCAGGUGACAGGUCUCAGGGGACCCGCGGCCGUGGCUGCAUGGGUCAGGAAGUCGUGCCUUGAGGCGUCCCUGCCGCCCUCCGUCUCCGUGGGUGCGGGGUGCAGGGAUGGGGCUGCCUGGCCGGCGGCGGCCGGCGUGUGAGGUGCGGGGCAGUGCGGCACCUCGGCGGCGCCCGCUGCUGGCUGUUGGUGAGGAGUCCCGUGGAGCCUGUCCUGGUGCGGCCGUCUGAGUCGCGGGUCGCAAUAAACGUGGGCGGAUCA